AUGAAGAAGCAGUCUCUUGAAAUAGCAGGCUACGCAAUCCUGCCUGUUCAACUCCCCGAAUCACGAGCCUUUCCUAAGCCUGCAACACAUUACCUCUACCUCCGGCCUCACGAACCUCGCAUUCCCGACGCCGAUUCUCCCCGUUCUCUUUUCGUCGUCAAUGUACCGAUAGACACAACCGAGCUACAUCUGCGCCACUUGUUCGGUACGCAGCUCUCCGCGGGUCGAGUCGAAAAAGUCCAUUUCGAAGGAGUCCCGACGAAGAAAGGCUCCGUGUCCAUUACACAGGGAAGCGUCUCGAAAAGCAGGAAGCGAAAGAGGGUUACGGCAGACGAACUACAGGACCAACUCGACGACAUUUCGUUACCAUCAACAUGGGACAGGGAAUUGCAGAAGAGCGGUGCUCACGCCGUCGUAGUCUUCGCGGACAAGUCGAGCAUGGAAGCCAGUCUGAAAGCUGCGACCAAAGCCGCGAAGAAGAGCGCCAAGAUUGUUUGGGGGGAAGGCAUCGAGGAUAGAUUACCUGCGCUGGGGCUCCAGCGGUAUCUCAACCACUGUCAGGCCAGCUACCCGAAUCGGGCUGACCUGCUUCGCACGGUGAACGACUUCAUGACUGUGUUUACGCAGGUCGCGGAGGCCCGUAAGCGUGAGGAGGCUCGCAGGGCUCAGGAGCCGGACGAGGAUGGGUUCAUUACUGUAACUAGUGGGCCGAAGCUUACGUCUAUUGCGCAUGAAGAAGAGGCUCGGGCACUGGUUGAGAAGCAGAAGAAGAAGCAGGAGGGUCUGGAGGACUUCUAUCGGUUCCAGUCGCGUGAGAAGAGGAAGGAGAGGCAGAACCAGUUGCUGAAGAGGUUUGAUGAGGACCGGAAGAAAUUGGAAGAAAUGAAGAGACGCAAGGGGAAGAUUAGGCCUGAGUGA